AUGAACCGCCUCACCCAUCGCCUGAAGCAGUCCAUCUUUGGGCGUCCGCCUUGUCCAAUCAGGAGAUUCUCCACCCCAGGUCCCUCCACCGAUCCAACCAACAAACUAGAGGAAGAAAAGCUAGCAGGGUACUCACCGGCGCAUUUCUACCCUGUGAAGAUCGGCGAGGUGUUUCGCUCAAGAUACCAGGUGCUUGGAAAACUGGGCUAUGGGGGGCAUUCGACUGUGUGGCUCUGCAGAGACCUACAGCAGCAUGUCUAUGUGACGCUGAAGAUGUGCGAACAUGGCUCGAGCCAUGGGAGAAGAGAGCAAGAGGUGUACAAACAUCUCAGAGACAUCAAGACUAGCCACGUAGGGUCAAUGCUCGUGCGGCGCGCCAUCGAUGACUUUCAACUACGCUCUACGGAUGGCACCCACUCCUACCAAUGCUUCGUGCAUCCUCCUCUAGCAAUGAGUGUGUGUGAGCUACGCCAUCGAACCUCGGAGAAGCUACUCCCAGAAGACUUGCUCAAGCCAACCUUGAUCCACCUCCUUCUUGCCCUCGACUUUCUCCACACAGAGGCCAAGGUUGUUCAUACCGAUAUACAAGGAAACAACAUCCUGCUGAGCGUGGAGGAUGAGUCGAUCCUUGUUGACUUCGAGGAGGCAGAGAGAUCCAGUGCUAGCCCUUGCAAAAUCACCAAAGACCGCGUGAUUUAUGCCUCUCGGGACCUCGGGAUUCCAAAGGUGCAUGGCCGUCCUAUCCUGUCGGACUUUGGGGAGGCUCGCUUCAUCUCGGGUUUAGGCGACCGCUGGGAGGAUGUGCAGCCCCUGGUUUAUCGAGCUCCAGAGGUCAUUUUGCGCAUUCCGUGGAAUGAGAAGAUUGAUAUCUGGAACGUGGGGGUUCUUGCCUGGAAUCUUUUCGAAAGGGAGCCUCUCUUCUACGCCCGCGAUCCAAACGGGCACGUCUCAGACAGCCACCACCUCGCUGGGAUGACAGCGGUCAUGGGCACCCCUCCAAAGCAAUUUCUCCGGAAGAGCGAGUAUGCAAGGAAGUUUUUCGAUGACGAGGGCAACUGGACCGGCAUUGCCGAAGUUCCUUCCAGACAUUUGGAGAAACUGGAAGGCAAUUUGAGAGACUCAUCGCAGACUCUAUUUCUCGGCUUCAUGCGGAAAAUGCUCCAGUGGGAACCGGAAAAUCGCGCAUCUGCGAAAGAGUUACUGGCCGACCCUUGGCUGAAGUCAACCUAA